AGAGCCUGCGGUCCGCAGCAUCCAGCUUCGGCCCGACUCCACUUCUUCUUCACUGCUGGGCCUCGGCCCAGGAGCAACCACAGGCGACACGGAGCCAUCAGUGCUGGAGGGGGAACCCUGGGUGCGGGGCAGUGUGGGGGCAGAGGCCGCGGGACGCCCUCCCGGCCCCAGGCCCCGCUCCGCCCGGGCGCCCCCACGGGUGCCCCCCCCUUCCUGGUCUGAACAGUGCGAGUGUGCCCGGGAGCCUGGCAGCAGCGGCGUGGAAGCCAGCGUGGGCUGGGGAGUCCGAGCCUCAGGGGGCAGUGCCAUGCACAAGCACCAGCACUGCUGUAAGUGCCCCGAGUGCUACGAGGUGACCCGCCUGGCCGCCUUGCGGCGCCUCGAGCCUCCUGGCUAUGGAGACUGGCAGGUGCCCGACCCCUACGGUCCAGGUGGGGGCAAUGGGGCCAGCACAGGUUAUGGGGGCUACAGCUCUCAGACCCUGCCCUCGCAGGCAGGGGCCACCCCCACGCCCCGCACCAAGGCCAAGCUUAUCCCCACUGGCCGGGAUGUGGGGCCAGUACCCCCUAAACCAGUCCCAGGCAAGAGCACCCCCAAACUCAACGGCAGCGGCCCCAGCUGGUGGCCUGAGUGCACCUGCACCAACCGGGACUGGUAUGAGCAGGUGAAUGGCAGUGAUGGCAUGUUCAAGUAUGAGGAGAUUGUACUUGAGCGGGGCAACUCCGGCCUGGGCUUCAGCAUUGCAGGUGGCAUCGACAACCCACAUGUCCCUGAUGACCCUGGCAUCUUCAUUACCAAGAUCAUUCCUGGUGGAGCCGCUGCCAUGGAUGGGAGACUGGGGGUGAAUGACUGUGUGCUGCGGGUGAAUGAGGUGGACGUGUCAGAGGUGGUGCACAGCCGAGCGGUGGAGGCGCUGAAGGAGGCAGGCCCUGUGGUGCGGUUGGUGGUGCGGAGGCGACAGCCCCCACCCGAGACCAUCAUGGAGGUCAACCUGCUCAAAGGGCCCAAAGGCCUGGGUUUCAGCAUUGCAGGGGGUAUUGGCAACCAGCACAUCCCAGGAGACAACAGCAUCUACAUCACCAAGAUCAUUGAGGGGGGUGCUGCACAGAAAGACGGACGCCUGCAGAUUGGGGACCGACUGCUGGCGGUGAACAACACUAAUCUACAGGAUGUGAGGCAUGAGGAAGCAGUGGCCUCCCUGAAGAACACAUCUGAUAUGGUCUAUCUGAAGGUGGCCAAGCCAGGCAGCCUCCACCUCAACGACAUGUACGCACCCCCAGACUACGCCAGCACUUUUACUCCCCUGGCUGACAACCACAUAAGCCAUAAUUCCAGCCUGGGUUAUCUUGGGGCUGUUGAGAGCAAAGUCAGCUAUCCUGCUCCUCCUCAGGUUCCUCCAGCCCGCUACUCUCCUAUCCCCAGGCAUAUAUUGGCCGAGGAGGACUUCACCAGAGAGCCCCGCAAGAUUAUCCUGCAUAAAGGCUCCACAGGCCUUGGAUUCAACAUUGUAGGAGGAGAGGAUGGAGAAGGCAUUUUUGUCUCCUUCAUUCUGGCAGGAGGCCCAGCUGACCUGAGUGGAGAGCUGCGCAGGGGAGACCGAAUCUUAUCGGUGAAUGGAGUGAACCUGAGGAAUGCAACUCACGAGCAGGCUGCAGCUGCUCUGAAACGGGCUGGCCAGUCAGUCACCAUUGUGGCUCAGUACAGACCUGAAGAGUAUAGUCGCUUUGAAUCGAAGAUACACGACUUGAGAGAACAAAUGAUGAACAGCAGCAUGAGCUCUGGGUCUGGGUCCCUCCGAACAAGCGAGAAGAGGUCUCUGUAUGUCAGGGCCCUGUUUGAUUAUGACCGGACUCGGGACAGCUGCCUGCCAAGCCAGGGGCUCAGCUUUUCUUAUGGAGACAUUCUACAUGUCAUUAACGCUUCUGAUGAUGAGUGGUGGCAGGCAAGACUGGUGACCCCACAUGGAGAAAGUGAGCAAAUAGGUGUGAUCCCCAGUAAGAAGAGGGUGGAAAAGAAAGAAAGAGCUCGAUUGAAAACGGUGAAGUUCCAUGCCAGGACGGGGAUGAUUGAGUCUAACAGGUCGAUCAAAACGAAACGUAAAAAGAGUUUCCGCCUCUCUCGAAAGUUUCCAUUUUACAAGAGCAAAGAAAACAUGGCCCAGGAGAGCAGCAUACAGGAACAGGGAGUGACAUCCAACACCAGUGACAGCGAAAGCAGUUCCAAAGGGCAAGAGGAUUCUAUUUUGUCCUAUGAGCCAGUGACCCGGCAAGAAAUUCACUACGCAAGGCCUGUGAUCAUCCUGGGCCCAAUGAAGGACCGAGUCAAUGAUGACCUGAUCUCUGAAUUUCCACAUAAAUUUGGAUCCUGUGUGCCACAUACUACCCGACCUCGGCGUGAUAAUGAGGUAGAUGGACAAGAUUAUCACUUUGUAGUGUCCCGAGAACAAAUGGAGAAGGAUAUUCAGGACAACAAGUUCAUUGAGGCAGGGCAAUUCAAUGAUAACCUCUAUGGGACCAGCAUCCAGUCAGUGCGGGCGGUUGCAGAGAGAGGCAAGCACUGUAUCUUAGAUGUUUCUGGCAAUGCUAUCAAGAGACUGCAGCAAGCACAACUUUACCCCAUUGCCAUUUUCAUCAAGCCCAAGUCCAUCGAAGCCCUUAUGGAAAUGAAUCGACGACAGACAUAUGAACAAGCAAAUAAAAUGUAUGACAAAGCCAUGAAACUGGAACAAGAAUUUGGAGAAUACUUCACAGCCAUUGUACAGGGUGACUCACUGGAAGAGAUUUAUAACAAAAUCAAACAAAUCAUUGAGGACCAGUCUGGGCACUACAUUUGGGUCCCAUCCCCUGAAAAACUCUGAAGAAUCCCUUCCAACCAUUCUCUUGUGAACAGAAGAAAUCAAGUCCCUCUUCCCUUCUUCCUCUUCAUUCCUGUCCCCAUGGGGAGAACAAAUGACUACUGUUCUUGUCCCCUUUUUAGAUAUGUCAAAAAAUUGAGUUUUCUAGUCCUGUUUUUGUUUUGUUUUUUUGUUGUUUUUUUAGCUUCUUUUUUUGUGGGGGGGGGGGUGAUGCCAUCUCACUCAUCAUGUGACUGUACCCAUUCCUGCAUGGACCUUUCCCAAGCACUAGCACAGGUGCAAACCCAUCCGAAUCAUUGUUUUCUUAAAAAUCAAGCGGAAGCAAAGAGAAGAGAGGAGGACUGAUGGAAAGACAGACUCUGGACAGCUACAUGGAUUGUGAAAUGAGCUACAUGCACAACAUGACAGAUGCUCCUGGGGAAUUUCUACAUUUCUGUAUUGCUGUCUUGCAGCUCUGAACAGUAUAACAUAAUGGCAACCGAAAGUAUUUUGUAUGUGUAUACAUACACACACAUAUAUAUGUAUAUAUAUAUGUAAUUUAUAUAAAUAUAUAGAAAUUAUUAUAUAUAUAUUAUACACUCAUAUAAUAUAUAUAUAUUCACACACAUUUGGGCUAGUAAAUUUAUGGAGACUUCAUCAAUGGUACUAUGUUAUUAGAGAAAUGUUCUAGUUUUCAUAUUCCAAUCAGAUGGCAUCUUAUAUCUCAGCUGGUUGGGAAGAGAUUGAAAAUGGUAGUGCUGUACUAAGGGCACUUGCAUUUGGUUAUUCUCUUGGGAAGUAAGAUUCCAACUAGGAGAGGGGUCAGCUUGAGGUCUGAGGGUUAGAGCUUUUGCCUGGGGCAAAGAGGGCCAGAGCCUUGACUUAAAGCUGCUGCUGCCCUUGAGCUGCAGUCAGUCCUGUCUGGAAAGAGAGAGAAUGGCUAAUGAUGCUCCAUAUUAAAUUGCCUAUUGUUUUAUGCUACCUGAUAUGUCUGCAUGAGAAGUUUCCUUUUUGUUCAUUUUUAAGCUGCUGUUAAACCAAAAUCAUGUUGUGCUACUGUGUCAGCCUUUUCAUUAUUCCACAUUUUGCUUUGACUAUUUAAGUGAAUGCAUAGACUCCAAUUUGACAAUGUUCUAAAGGCUUAUAAUGUUAAAGGAGCCAGGCCUUGUGAUAGUCGGUGACUCAGGCUCGGCCUUCUAAUCACCAGAUGAGAAAAUAUAGACUGGUAAGGAGUGAGAGGAGGAGGAUUUCAAUGCCGUCCCUUUGCAUACUUGCCAAGGAUUUGAGGUUCCUUUAUGGGACCCACUGACAGGGAAAGGGAGUCGCUUUCUUUCCAGUUCUGUACUGAGACAAUAGAACAAUCACUAGGCUUGGCCAGCCAUGCAAAUAGUAGUUUGAUUUGGGCUUUUUUUUUUUUUUUGCAGCUGCUUCAUAUGCCCUACCCCAGCCCCCUCACCAAAUUCUGGUAGCUUACUGUUUCUUCAAGAACCAAGUAGACAUUAACGCUGUAAAUUUGAGCUGUAGCGCUAAGAUCCACUUAGGGGUGAGAUGUGAAACAUUGUUGCUUUUUUCCUAGAGUGACAGCAGUGAUUGUGGUUGGGGAGUUUUUCUCUGGCCAUAGCAAGUGUGGUUCAGGCCCUACCCUACAUUCUAUGCUCCUUUGAAGCCAAUGUGCCUCCCUCCCCUCCAUGCUGGAGGGAUGACACAGGGGAGAAGAAAAUAGAGACGCUUGGCCCUAGGGUUGAGGCCAUUGUUUCCUGGCCCACUGUGUUAUGAUCAGUACACACAGUUCCAUGUGGAAGACGCACACUUCAAACACUACCAACCAAAUUGGGGAAAUAUGUGUAACAGUUAUCCUACCAGCAUAUUGAGGCUAACUCUACAGUGUGGGGCCCAGAAGAGGGUAAAGAAAGGGCAGCAGCUUUACCUGGGCAGUACACUGGGUUGAAGGCAAUGAAGAAUAAAGUGUGAUGGCUGAUGAUGAAUCUGGUAAGGUGGGGAUGAGUGAAGAUUGUUGAUGUCUAUCAUGUUAACUGAGUGAUAUGUUCUGAAUGAUGCUCAACCAUCUUCCCCUUCCAGGGAAGAAAAGCAAAGAUUAAAAGUAAGCAUGACACUAGUUGGUUGACCAGUGUUCCUUCCAAGGAGACAUAUAUUUUUUAAUAAACAAUAGUUGCAAUGAA